AUGAGUGAUAAGUUUACACUAGAAAGACUGAGAAAGAAUGUUUUCACACCAGACAAUACAUACUAUCAGAUGUUUGAAUUGUUUGAACAUUGUGAACAAAAAGACAUCAGUAAACGUUUUCGCGAACUCUCAAAACUAGUACAUCCAGACAAGAAUCAAGAUCAAGAUGACAGUCAUCUAUUUCAUAUAAUCAAAAAGAUCAGAGACGUUUUAAUUGAUCCUAUUCAAAGACGAAGAUACGACCAAUCUCUAUUUCAAGCCAAGAUGUCAAAGAGUAUUAAAAAGUCGGUUCCUCUAUUUCCAACAACAACCACAACAACUACAACCACUACUACUUCAACAUCGGCAUCAUCAGCAUCUACAACACCAUCAGCAUUCAAUAAGAAAACGACAACAAGUAACAGUAGUAGCACAAUGUCUUCAUCUAGUCUAAAGACACCUGUCAGUGUAAAUGGUAAAAAUAGUGGUGGUAAUAGUAGCAGUAGUAGUAGUGAUCAUAGUGGUGGUGACGCUACCACUUCGACAUCAUCAGUUUUUGCCAGAAGAAAAUCAGGUUUGUCAGCAACAACAAUAAGCUCAAUGGCAAAGAAAGUGGAUAUUCCUCCAACUGCCAAGAAGCCUCCUGCCAGAUUGUCAGUACCAAGCAAAUUCGUUACACCAAUGAAAAGCAAACCAAUACCUGCCACUGCAGUAAAGAUUGCCACCUCUAAACCAGCACCAUCCCUCAAACCAACACCUAAAAAGACACCGAUCAAAAAGACUAAAUCUGAUGAUGAUGACGAUUUCAAAGCAGAAGAAAAAUCAGAAGAAUCAGAGGAUGAGGAAGAGGAAGAGGAUAUGAUGAACCAUAAAAAGAACAACAAUAAAGAGAAGGAAAAGAAAGAAGAAAAGAAAGAAGAGUCUGAUGAUGAGGAGGAAGAAGAAGAAGAAGAAGAGGAAGAGGAGCAAGAAAAAGAAAAGAACAAAGAAGAAGAAUCAGACAAGUCAGAUAAAUCAAAUAAAGAAAAGAAACAAGAGUCAGAGUCAGAGUCGGAUGAAGAGGAAGAGGAAGAAGAAGAAGAAGAAGAGGAGGAAGAGGAAGAGGAAGAGGAAGAAGAGGAAAUAGUUUCAAAGAAAGAGAUACCAACUCCAAAGUCAUCAUCUCCAAAGAUACCAAUACCAAAAUCACCAAAGCAGAAUAAACAGAAAGAAAAAGAAGAGGAGAGUGAGGAUUCAGAUGACGACUUUAGGAAAGUACCGAGCAGUAGUAAGAAAUCACCCAAGAAAAUAGUAGUGGUUGAAGAAUCAGAAUCAGAGUCAGAAAAAGAAAAAGAAGAGGAAGAGGAAGAUAAAGAAGAAGAGGAAGAGGACAUAUUUGAAGAAAAAAAUAAACCGAUAAAGAAAAGAGGUCCACCAAAGAAAGUGACAGAAACACCCAGCAAAAAAGAGAAAAAAGUUACAAAAACAAGCGCAAAGAAUAAGAAGAUUAUAGAGGAAGAUGAAGAGGAAGAGGAAGAGGAAGAGCAAGAUAAAAUGGAAGAAGAGGAUAGUCCUCCACAGAACACCUAUCAAUCAAAACCAAAAAGAGCCGCUGCAGUAGAGUCACUGAAACGACCAAUGUCGUUCGGUACUCCAAAGCGAUUGACACCAGAGGAGAAGAAAGCAGAACGACAAAAGAGAAAGGCAGAGAAAGAACUAGAGAAACAACAAAAGAAAUCAAAAUCAAAACAAACAACUGUAGAUAAGAAAAGAAAAAGAAAAAAGAAGAAGAUGAUGAUGAUUUCCAUAAGUGAAAAUGAAGAUGAAGUAACAGAGGAGUUUUAUGAGGUACAGGAUGUAUUGGCAGAGAGAACAUUUAGAGGAAAGCAACAGUAUCUGAUACUAUGGAAGGGUUACUCACAGGAGGAAUCGACAUGGGAAUACGAAGAUCACUGUGACUGCCCCAAGAUCAUACAGGAAUUUAUCGAUCGUGCUCAAAAAGAGAAACAAAACAAUUCAAAACAACAACAAUCGCCACCACCAAAAUCAAAAUCGACAACCUCAACAACAACAACAACGACUACGUCAAAGACCAAACGACAAAAAACAACUAAGAAAUAA